AUGGCAAACGCACACAUCAACACAGCGCUCAACGCCUUCUUUGGCGCGUCCAAGUACGCCGUCGUCGGUGCUAGCAAGGACCCUUCGAAGUUUGGAAACAAGGUCCUGAAGUGGUAUCAAGCACAGAAGCUGGACGCAACACCCAUUCAUCCCAAGGAACCCGAGAUCGAGAACAUCGCAACGCAACCCGAUGUGGCCCACUUCCUCGAAAAGGCAGGCACGAGCGCCGAGAACGUCGCCAUCUCGGUCGUCACACCGCCCAGGAUCAGUCUGGCUGUCGUGCAGAAGGGGCUGCAAGAACAGGGCGUGUCGACUUUCUGGCUGCAGCCCGGUGCGGAAGACGCCGAUCUGAUCAGCUGGGUCAAGUCGCAGCCAGAUUUGAUUCAGGACCGAGUCAUCUACGGUGGGCCGUGUAUUCUGGUAUCUGGCCGUCAGCUCGCUGCGGACAAGGGCAAGCUUUAG